AUGGCUUCCAACGAUAUCGCUACCCUUGGGGCUCUCUCUCCAGACAUGGAAAAGAGCUCCUACCCGCCCUCCGACACCAUCGAAAAGGGCUCCGCCACACCCAACUCCGCUCUCGAGCGUCUUGGUAUGGAUGAGCACUCACCUGAUGGCACUGUUCAGCGAAACCUCAAACAGAGGCACAUUUCCAUGAUUGCCCUCGGUGGUACCAUCGGAACCGGUCUCUUCGUCGGUCUCGGUGGCUCAUUGUCCAACGCAGGUCCUGUCAGCACACUGAUCGCCUACAUGAUCAUGGGUGUUGUCGUCUACUCCAUGAUGGUCGCCCUCGGUGAAGUCAGCACUCUUCUCGCCGUCCCCGGUGGUUUCACUCACCACGCCACUCGCUUCCUUGACCCAAGUCUCGGUUUCGCCCUCGGUUGGACUUACUGGUACUCCUACGGUAUCACCAUCCCCACUGAGAUCUCUGCAUCUGCCAUCGUCAUUCAGUACUGGGACACCGACCAAACCAUCAACCCCGCUGUAUGGAUCUCCAUCCUUCUUGUCCUUGUCAUCGGUGUCAACGCUCUCGGUGUCAAGUAUUACGGUGAGACCGAGUUCUGGUUCUGUCUCAUCAAGGUCAUCGCCAUCAUCGUCCUCAUCAUCACCUCGCUCGUCAUCGACCUUGGUGGAGGUCCCAAGGGUGAUCGCAUCGGCUUUGGCUACUGGAAACACCCUGGACCGAUGGCUCAGAUGUUCUGGUCACCCGACCCCCUCACUGGCAAGCCCACCGGCGGUAUCAGCGGUGCUUUUGGUCGCUUCCUCGCCUUCUGGAACGUCUUUGUUCAGUCCGCUUUCUCCUUUGCUGGUACUGAAAUCAUCGGUGUCGCCGUUGGAGAGGCCGAGAACCCUCGCAAGAACGUGCCCAAGGCAAUUAAGCGUGUCUUUUGGCGCAUCCUCCUCUUCUACGUUCUCGCCAUUUUCAUGGUCGGACUUGUUGUCCCUUACAACGACCCUCGUCUUCUGAAUGGCGGCGACGAUGCCAGCGCCUCUCCCUUCGUCUUGGCUAUCUCCAACGCAGGCAUCAAGGUGUUACCCCACAUAGUCAACUCUGUGCUUUUGAUUGUUACGUGGUCAGCAGCUAACAGUGACCUUUACGCUUCCUCGAGGACUCUGUACGCGCUGGCUCUCGAGAACAAGGCUCCCGCUUUCCUCCGAAAGUGCACCAAAAGCGGUCUUCCCCUCUGGGCUCUCGCUCUGACUUCCCUCUUUGGUCCCCUAGCUUACCUCUCCUGCGGCACUGGCGGCGCUGAGCAGGCCUUCGAGUACUUGUACGAUGUCUCGGCAAUCUCGAUCAUCAUUGCUUGGAUUGUCAUCCUUUGCACCUACGCCCGCUUCUACCACGGUCUCAAGUUUCACGCCAUCCCACGAAGCACUCUCCCUUACACAGCCCCAUUCCAGCCCUACCUCACCUACUUUGGUAUCGCCUUCCUUAACCUCGUCCUCUUGUUCGCCGGUUUCACCGUCUUCCUCAAGGGGCAGUGGUCCACCAGCAGCUUCGUCACCACCUACAUUUGCAUCCCUAUGUUCUUGGCUCUCUGGCUCGGCUGGAAGCUCUACCACAAGACUCAGUUUGUCAGCCUCUCUCAGAUGGACUUCGACACAGGUCGUAGGGAGAUUGACGAGAACGAGCGGGCCGAGAAGGCAAAGGAGGCCCAGCGCACUCGUUCCACUCUCCAGCGCUUUUGGGACUGGUUGAUGUGA